AUUUUGCUAGAACAGGACUAUCCGUGUAGUGUUGCAUGCUUUCUAAGCCUGCUCCCCACUUGUGAGAAGUGGCUGGGUUGAUCAGAGCAAAAGAGAAGUUGAGAACAAAGGGCACACAUGUGUUCCCAUGUGUAUGUUCCACAUUAAUGAGUCAGUCUGGUGUCCCCCAGUAUAGAAGGCAGGGUUUGAUGUAUUAAUGCGGUUUGUGUAAAUAUCUUAUGUAUUACAGUUUGACUGGCUGUUUUUAUGCUGAUGGAGCAAAUACAGCUGAAUCAAAGCAGGCUAAACAGUAGCAACAUUAAGGUUCAUAUUCUCUAAACUAUAUCUUUCUCAGCAGCAAAGCUUCAGCUGAGGAGUGCCACUCAAGCUGUUCUCAGUUUUGAGUGCAAGGGCAACCAAGAUCCUUCAAAAGAUGCUGGUGGAGGGGAGAAAGAGGAGCUGUCCCAGUUAUGUCUGUGAGCACUGGGAGAACAACUGGAGACCUCCAGUGUGCUGAGCAAAGCCCAGAGUAAUGAAGCUGAAUGGCAUUUAGAGCUGCCAAAGGAACAUCAAAGUUGAGGUGGAAGGAAACUAGUGGACAGCUUUAUUUUUAUAUCUUUCCUAUUCUCUCUUGGAUUAAAGGUGAAAUAAGCAUUUAAAAAGCAAGAGUUGGUCAGACACUUGGGAGGAAGAGGAAACUUGUUUGAUCCUACUGUAUUAGUAUGUAUCGUAAACUCCUAUGGCACCUGAAGAGCCAACUUUCAGAAGGGAUGAACUGAGUGGUGGCAACCAGAGAUGGAACUCUUCUGUUCCCUAAUCAAAGGAGCCAUCCAGAUAAUGUCAUUCCAUGGAACCGAAAUAUUGGUGAAUUAGUCCAGGUUUCCAAAAGACUGUAAAAUGGAGCCAAUAACAUUCAAAGUUAAAAAGUAUCAAACACCUAGUGAUUUCUCAGCAAGUUUCAGUCUCCAGCUCGUGGGUUCUCUCCCAGUGCAUUCCCUAACCACUAUGUCAAUGCUGCCUUGGAUUGUGGCCGAGAUCCGGUUGCUCAGUGCAAAGUCUUCCAAAGAAGAACCCAGCAUCAGCCAAAUCCGACUUUGUGUUUCACCAGCCAGUUUGCGAUGUGAACCAGACACAGGGAAAACCCAGCAGUGGGACCCUCUAAUUUGUUCAAGUGUGUUUGAAUACAAGCCACAGCAGGUCCACAAACUGAUUCACAACAGCCAUGAUCCAAGCUACUUUGCUUGUCUGAUAAAGGAUGAAGCAGCAAAUCAGCAAAGUAUCUGCUAUGUAUUUAAAGCUGAUGAUCAGACAAAAGUGCCUGAGAUUAUAAGCUCUAUUCGACAAGCUGGAAAAAUUGCCCGUCAAGAAGAGUUUCAGAGUAAUCUCUCAGAUGUUGAAGACCCUUUUGCCAAAAAGUUUGAGGUGCUGUUCUGUGGACGGGUAACAGUAGCACAUAAAAAUGCACCUCCAGCACUCAUAGAUGAAUGCAUUGAGAAAUUUAAUCGUGCAAGUUGUACAAAAAAUUCAGAUUUCAACUCAUCAUCCCAGCAACAUGAAACUUCCAAUAACUUUGGAGGCUUCUCUUUCAGCAGCAAAUUUCGGUCUGUAUUCCAGCCCUUGGUCAGUGAAGAGGAGGAAAAAAGGCCAAUUAGGAAAUCUUUUUCUCAGCCUGGACUUCGUUCCUUUGCUUUUAAGAAGGAUUUCCAAGAGGGAAGCCUUAGGAGUAACAGCUUUGUCAGGUCUUUUGAAGAAGAUGCAAUUUCACUGAACCUAAAAAGUCAACUCAUCUAUGGACACAAUGUUGUGCAGCCAACUGACAUUGCAGAAAACCGGACUAUGUUGUUUACGAUUGGCCAGUCUGAAGUUUACCUAAUCAGUCCUGACACAAAAAAAGUCGCAAUUGAGAAAAGCUUUAAAGAAAUAUCUUUUUGUUCUCAGGGAAUUAGACAUGUGGAUCACUUUGGGUUCAUCUGCAGAGAGUCUUCAGAAAAUGGAGGCUUCCACUUUGUUUGCUAUGUGUUUCAGUGUACAGAUGAAGCACUGGUUGAUGAAAUCAUGAUGACAUUGAAACAGGCUUUCACUGUGGCUGCUGUGCAACAAACUUCCAAGGCACAGCCCCAGCUCUGUGAAGGGUGUCCUAUGCAAAGUUUGCAUAAACUCUGUGAAAAGAUAGAAGGGUUGCACCCUUCUAAGACUAAACUAGAACUACAAAAGCAUCUAACCACACUAAAUAACCAGGAGCAGGCCUCUGUUUUUGAAGAGGUUCAGAAAUUAAGACCAAGAAAUGAACAAAAGGAGAAUGAGCUGGUUAUCUCUGUUUUGAGAAACAUGUAUGAAGAAAAACAGAAGGACCAUGUUCAUGUUGGAGAAGCAAAACAGGCUUCACAACCUCUGGCUGAGAAUGCUGUAAAUGAAGUGUCCAGCAGUGCUCCGAGAUUCAGAUUAGAUAUGUUAAAGAACAAAGCAAAAAGAUCUCUUACGGAAUCUUUUGAGAGUAUUUUAUCACGUGGCAGUAAAGCCAGAAGUCCACUGGACAGUUCUGGUUCUGUGGAUUUGGACAGCUCUGUGUCCAGUACCUUAAGCAGCACAAAUAAAGAAUCACCACUGUGUGAAAAGGAGAAAGACAGACUUCCUACGCUUCCUGCAGAAAAUGCUGUCAAGACCAGUGGAUCAGUGAGUGAUCUCUGCAGUGACUCAGAGGAUUCCUCUCUUGAGCAGUCUGUUACGUUGCCUCAGCAGAGCUUUCGGAGGCGAGCAAACACACUCAGUCAUUUACCGACAGAGAGCCAGGAAUCUCUGGGACCUGCCGAAACAUCACCGUCUGUUUCUCAGAGGAAACUUAUGAGGUAUCACUCAGUGAGCACAGAGACUCCUCACAAAAGAAAUUCUUCUGGUCAACUCGCUCAUUCUCCUACUCUAGCUCGUCUUAAUCCCUCGGCUUCUUCACCCAACUUUUUUAAAUAUCUAAGGCAUAAUUCAAGUGGAGAACAAAGUGGGCAUUUUGCACAAAAAAGCAUCUCCUACCGUACUGCCUUAAGGAAAAAGCUUCAUUCUUCCUCCUCUGUGCCAAAUUUCUUAAAAUUUCUGGCUCCUGUAGAUGAAAAUAACACCUCUGACUUUAGGAGCACAACAAGCGACUACGAAUCCAAGCACGGCCAGCAGGCCCUUGAUGCGGACAGCCCUGUACGGACUCGAAGGCAUUCAUGGAGGCAGCAGAUAUUCCUGCGAGUGGCCACCCCUCAGAAAGCGUGUGAUUCUCCCAGCCGAUACGAUGAUUACUGUGAACUGGGAGAUCUUCCACCCAGAUCCCCAUUGGAACCAGUGUGUGAAGAUGGCCCCUUUGGGCCAGUGAAAGAAGAAAGGAAACGGUCACCCCAUGAGCUUCGUGAGCUGUGGAAGAAAGCCAUUAUUCAGCAGAUACUGCUCCUCAGAAUGGAGAAAGAAAACCAGAAGUUACAAGCAUCUGAAAACAAUUUGCAGAACAGACGUCUGAAACUUGACUACGAAGAAAUCACACCAUGCUUAAAAGAUGUAACUUUGAUUUGGGAAAAAAUGUUGAGUACACCUGGAAGGUCAAAGAUUAAAUUUGAUGUGGAAAAAAUACACUCUGCUGUUGGGCAAGGAGUACCACGUCACCACCGUGGGGAGAUAUGGAAGUUUCUAGCAGAGCAAUACCAUCUGAAACAUCAGUUUCCAAGUAAACAACAACCAAAGGACACACCUUAUAAAGAACUCCUAAAACAACUAACUUCCCAACAGCAUGCAAUUCUUAUUGACCUAGGGCGCACAUUUCCGACACAUCCAUACUUCUCAGCACAGCUGGGAGCUGGGCAGCUGUCACUCUACAAUAUUUUGAAAGCCUAUUCACUUCUGGACCAGGAAGUAGGAUAUUGCCAGGGCCUUAGUUUUGUAGCAGGAGUUCUAUUACUUCACAUGAGUGAAGAAGAUGCUUUUAAAAUGCUGAAGUUUCUCAUGUUUGACAUGGGCCUGAGAAAACAGUAUCGUCCUGACAUGACAAUUUUACAGAUCCAGAUGUACCAAUUGUCUCGACUUCUUCAUGACUACCAUCGAGAUCUCUAUAACCACCUGGAGGAACAUGAGAUUGGCCCCAGCCUCUAUGCUGCUCCCUGGUUUCUCACCAUGUUUGCCUCCCAGUUUCCCCUUGGAUUUGUAUCCAGAGUGUUUGAUAUGCUCUUUCUUCAAGGAUCAGAAGCUAUAUUUAAAGUGGCUUUAAGCCUUUUGGGAAGCCACAAGCCCUUGAUUCUGCAGCAUGAGAAUCUAGAAACUAUUGUUGAUUUUAUUAAAAGCACUCUCCCCAACUUGGGUUUGGUACAGAUGGAAAAGACCAUUAGUCAGGUGUUUGAAAUGGAUAUUGCCAAACAGUUGCAAGCUUAUGAAGUUGAAUAUCAUGUGCUUCAGGAUGAGCUUAUAGAUUCAUCUUUAAAUGACAAUCAGAGACUGGAUAAAUUAGAAAAGGCAAACAGUAGCUUGCGCAAACAAAACUUUGAUCUCCUGGAAGAAUUGCAGGUGGCUAAUGGAAAAAUCCAAAACCUUGAAGCUACAGUAGAGCUUUUAUUGACUAAUGAAGGCAAACUGAAGCAGUCCAUUCUCACUCUCGAGCAGGAGCGAGCAACUCUGCUGAAAGCUGUGGAAGAGAUGCAAAAAAAGCUGGGUGAUACGGAUGGGAAGCCUCUACUUUCUAGACAAGAACACAUGGAUGGUGACUGAUGUGUACAGCUGUAACAGAGCAGAGAAGCUGAGCAAGAAACAAAGGGAAGAACUGAGUCAUUUUGUCAUGAUCCAUGGGGAUUUGACAUUGUUAUGUUCAUUGUACAUGCCUUACUGUAGCAAAGCAAGAUACGGGCAUGGUGGCUUUCCAUAUCAGAGAAGCUGGUUCCUUGGGGAAAAGACUUCUUAGUGUGUAGAAAUACUAUGAAGAGUAAGAUGCCACAUAAGAAAUAGUAAACAGGAGAAACUUACUAGAGCGUGCAGUCAUACACAAUACACUGUAAAUAUGGUAUGGAUUCCUCAAUAAGUGCUUCUAAACCUAAGUGCUUUGGGUUUGUCAUUUUUUUUUUUUUGUUUGGAUCACCACCAUGUUAGGUAGCACAUCCUUUAGAAGGUCUUUUGAAGAAAUACGUCAGUGUAAAACCUUUGAAUGGAUGACUGCCCCAUUGCAGCUAUGCAGUGGUAACAUUUACAGGGUGAUUUGUGAUUGGACUUGAGAUUUUUGACAGUGUAUUUCCCCUACAACUUGGCUGGGUUCUGUUAAUUAUGUUGUUGACGCUUCAGAAAACUGCUUCCUGAUGCUUGAAGCUGUAAAUCCAUUGGACUCCAGGGAGCUGGACAUUAUCAUAUGGAGCUAUGCAUAACUGGGGGAUUGCCUUCCUUUUUUUUAAAUAUGUUGGUUUAGUAUAUUUCUUGUUUGACAACCAUUAAUCUAGUGUAUUGUUAGUUGGCAUUAUCUGAUAAACAUACUGUAUAUAGUAACUACAUUAUUCUUAACAAAAUAUACUGACAUUAAUUUGGUGAAGCCUGUGACUCUUGCAGCAUCAUUCAAGGAUUUAUAUUCAGACUCCUCAAAUUUCAUCUUAUUUAUUUCUGAUCUGCUGUGUGAUAUAAAACAUCUUCUUGCUGAGAAACUAAUGUCUACCAUCAUUUUUUUUCCCUUUAUUUGCUACUCUGUGCCCACCCAUCCUCUGAGAAAUGUUAAGACUUUUUCUGAAGAAGUAGAGUCAUUUCAAGAGCUUCAUGGUGUGCCAGAUAUGCUUAAACUGUUUCAUAAAGGGUAUGGAAUUUCUAAUUAGGACACCAUUCUUUUUGCAAUGCAUAUUUCAAAUAAGAUUACGUAAAUAAAAAAGUAAGUCUCACUUUUCUUAAUGCAAAAGUAGUUUGCAAGCCAGUCAAAGCAACACUGUGCAAUAAUACUCAUGGAUAAGCUGUUGUUCGGGUUUGCUUCAGAAUUAGGAAUGUUGCCAUAUUUUUGUUCAGUUCCCAAGCACAGAGUUAGUAGGCACUGGUGUUUUGUUAUAGUGGAGAGUCAUCCAGGAUGUGAUUUUUAUAUCUUUCAUUCUUGCAAGUCCACUUUGUAUUCAUUUAGUAUUGAAAUUCCACAUACAUCAGUUAUUAUUAAUCCAUUUACCUCUUAAGCUUGUUGUUUUUAAUUUGGAAAUCCAUAGUGGAGCUUAUGCUUCAUGUUUAAAAUCUUGUCAUAAUGGACCUCAUACUGUUAGAGCACUCAGUAAUGUUGCAUUUUUACAUCAUAGUGUCAUAGUUCAAACACUGACUUUUUAACAGGAGCAAUAAAAAUAAUAAUAAUAAUCUA